AUGGUGCCUAAUAUGCCCACCAAAAGAGAAUAUUUAAAUAUCAUUGUUCAUUAUCUAUCUCAAUCCGUUCAUUAUUAUCUAUCUAUCUAUCUAUCUAUCUAUCUAUCUAUCUAUCUAUAUAUAUAUAUAUAUAUAUAUAUAUAUAUAUAUAUAUAUAUAUAUGUAUACAUAUUUCAAUCUGUUCAUAUCUAUCUAUUUCAAUCUGUUCAUAUCUAUCUCCGUCUGUUCAUAUCUAUCUAUCUAUCUAUCUAUCUAUCUAUCUAUCUAUCUAUCUAUCUAUUUCAAUCUGUCCAUACCUACCACAGUCUGUUCAUAUCUAUCUAUCUAUCUAUCUAUCUAUCUAUCUAUCUAUCUAUUUCAAUCUGUCCAUACCUAUCACAGUCUGUUCAUAUCUAUCUAUCUAUCUAUCUAUCUAUCUAUCUAUCUAUCUAUCUAUCUAUCUCGCUCUUUCAUAUUUACCUCUCUUCCGCUUCCUCGUUUUCAAUCAUCUCCCGUUUACUCUUUAACAUUCAUUUACUGUUUACCUCUCUCUUCAUUUACUGUUUACCUCUCUCUUCCAUUUCCUCUUUACCUCUCUCUUUCAAUUUACAAUUUACCUCUACCGUCUGUUCAUAUUCCGCUUACUCUUUAUCAUUCAUUUACUUUUUACCUCUCUCUUCCAUUUUCUCUUUACCUCUCUCUUCCAUUUUCUUUUUACCUCUCUCUUCCAUUUACUCUUUACCUCUGUCUUUCUAUUUACAGUUUACCUCUCCCUUCUGUUCACAAUUCACCUUCCGCUUAAGCUUUAUCAUUCAUUUAAUCUUUCCAUUUCCAUUUUUUCUUCUGUUUACGCUUCAUUUUCCGCUUACACUUUAUCAUUCUCUUCUAUUUGCUCUUUACCUCUCUCUUCCAUUUACUGUUUAUCUCUCUCUCUCUCUCUCUCUUCCAUUUACUAUUUAUCUCUCUCUUCCGUUUACGUUGUAUCUCGCUCUUCCAUUCACUACUUGUCCCUCUCUUCCAUUUAGUGUUUAUCUCUCAUUUCCAUUUUCUCUAACUCUCUCUUCCGUAAUUCUCUGUUACACUUACUUUUUACCUCUCUCUUAUAUUUACUGUGUAUCGCUCACUUUCAUUUAG